UGAUUUUUUCUGGUACGGUUCGGUGAGGCUGGCUCCCUUCCAGCUGUCUCGCGUUUCUGUGUGCGUUAACCUCUUGAAAAAUCCCGAAAAGGACUAGUUCUAUCUUCUACCUGUUACUCGCCCGUCUUUGUCGGUCGAAUGUUUACGUCCGAAAGAAUAGAAAACCAUUCAGUGUCCGGUACUACGUGUUAACCGCGAAAUCGUACGAGAUGAAAGUACUGCUGCUCCUGAUUUCCGCGAUAUAUUUUGUAGUUAUCGCGAUCACAACUGCGGCCGCGACAGGAACGGUCGUCGUUUCUAAAGACGAUGGCGGACAUUCUCAAGAAGCGGCCGCGGUCAAACACGUCAAAGGAGGUACCUACUCGGAGUCCGGAGGCGUGAAAAAGUCCGGGAAGAAAUCCAAACACGACAGCGAACGGGGCAAGUCGGGCGAGAAGCUCAAAGAGCUGCAUAAAAGCCAGGAUAAGGAGGUCGGGGGAAAGAAACACAAGUAUCAUUCGUCGGGCAAACAUAAGUCGUCCCAUUCGGGGAAGGGUGGGUCUAAACACGGUGCCAAGUACGAAGAGGGCGCCCAUAGGAAAAAGGGAAAUGUCAACAAGGGAUUCUGGGAGAAGUACCAUAAAGACGAACUGAUGAAGCACGACAGUUUCUUCAGUCAGGGGGAGAAAAGCGGGGCUUACAACGUCUAUGGCCAGAAAGGGGCCAAACAUGGAUCUCAACUGGCUGCCAAGGUUUCCGGAGGAUCGUAUAAGAACCUCAAAUCCGAAGGAACUCAUGGCAAGAAAUCGAAGAAGGUGGGCGGUCACAACAAAUCGAGCAAAAAGGGCUACAAAGGUUCAAAGGGAGGAAAAUCGAAACACGAGCACCACGAAAAGUACGCGAAGAAAGGAGGCAAAAAAGGCGGCAAACAAUAUAAAUACAAACAUUGAGAUUGUACGUCGCGUGCAAUGUACAGGUUUUUUUCUUGAUGCUCGCACUCAUUGUUUAAAGAUAAUUAUUUAUAUUUAUUUUUUACGUAGUUUAUAAAGUUAUAACGCAUAACUUUUUACGAAAAUUAAUUUUGGAAUCCCUUGGUAAAAUUAAAACGAUUUCAACUUA